UGCAGAAAAGAAAGGCAAUCCUCAAAGGGUGCAAGGACCACUUUAAGACGUAGAAGCGUUGUUGUUCUUCUCAGUAUUUGUUUGUGUUCCCGUGGGUAAAAAAUAACUACUACUACUACAUGGUCAAACUCAAGACAACCGGCAGGCUCGACGCAUCGGUCCGAUCUAGAUGAAGAGCUAGACGAAGUUUACUGCCCGGGCGAAGAGGCGCAGGGGAUCAUUCAAACCAGCCCCGUCGCUUCCAUCGGAAUGGAAUACUAAGUUAAAAACUUUUCGAAAGUGGGUGAAGAACUUUUCCCCUUGAAUUUUUGCGCACUCUUCUGCUCUUUUUUCCCGCUAUGAAGGUAUGGAUGAAGAAUUGUUCUCCGCGAAAUCCGUGUUGAGCUUUCACCGGACAACGCCGAAGACUUCUACCCGGGACAGCCCAUGCCCGCUUGUUCAAGAGCCACGCAUACUUUCACACGUUUCUGGAUCGGAAUUAAACAUCUAACGCUGGGAAGCCGUCACUGGACGUGGUGUAGAACGAGCACCGCUGCACGCAUGACAGUGGUUUGAGUUGUACCGUUAUUUCGUCGCCAUAACAAUGGCAAAUUCUGAUUCGUUCGCACUAAGUAUCCACAGAUCCAUUUUGCCCAUUGGAUGUAUGUUUCUGGUGCUCGGCUAUCUCUCAGUGGCUUCGCCUACGCACGGUCGGCGGUUGAUAUGCUGGCAGGCGAUCAUGAACUGCCAAACCGAACCUGAGUGCCAUUACGCGUACGGCCAGUACAUACAUGCAUGUGGCCCCGUGCUGAACGGCCAGAAGAAGAAGUGUCCCAGCCACUGCAUCGCCUCUCUGGUCCAGCUCAACCUCACCAAGAACGGCCCCGCGCUGGAGGAGUGCAGUUGUGCCGAGGAUCCUAUUUGUAUGAACACAAAAAGGUCGAUCGAGCCCUGCCUGCCGAGGACUAGCAACACGGGCUGCACGGAGGCCCGGUGGCAGUGCGAGAGGGACACGCAGUGCAGCUAUGAAAUGCACGAGUAUUUGAUCCACUGUGGGAAGCUUUUCAGCGGGGCCACUUGCACAAACGCGUGCAGAAAUGUCAUCGCCAACUUGCGCAAAAUACCCAAAGCGCUGCAGUUAGACACUUGUGUGUGCGACGGUACGGAGAGGGCCAUCUGUGAGUUUGUCAAAAGCAGCAUGCAGACCCUGUGUUUCGACGCACCCAUGCAGGUAGACGACGGUAGCGGAUCAGAUAACUAUGAUACAGAUGACGAGGAUUUCACUCAGGAACCCGAGUACGUGAAACGAGUCCCCAAACCCAAGUCUGCAGCCCACUGUGUAGUGGCCCACGGUGUUGUGACCCUGCUGGCAUCCAUUUUGGCUCUUUCGCCUCUCCUUUAAUCCCCGAGUUCAUAAUCGGACCCGACUAUUGUCCGGAUGAAAGGCAAUGUAAACUUUAGUCACUCAUUGACCUGGGACUAUUGUGUUGGGCCCGGUACCUUCACAGACCGGUGCGGCUGGGGCCACCAGGUCAAGACUUUAAUAUGGCCAUGGAUAUCAUGUCAUCAGAUGUUCUGUGUAAAUGAUUCACAGAAAAACAAACUGUAUUCCUCCCAUCUGCCUUUGCUACAGGUUGUCUAUGGAACAAAGUCCUACUCCAUUAGGACUGUGUUGUGUUUUUUGCUUAUUUGAUAAGCAGAUCUGUGUUGCAUCAAAGCCUUGUGAUAUUAUAACAAUAGGACACAGUCAGCCUUUUCAACAACGAGACAUCUAAUCGUAUAGGCUAUGCACUGCCAAUCUUUUUUUUAUAACGGCAUAUAUAGAUAUAUGUAUAUAUAAAUAUAUAUAUGCAUACAAAAAAUAUGCUUUAUAUGACAGCCUAUUGCCAAUGGGGUAAAUCAGGGGGUCUGGUUUUCAAGUAUUUAAUGCUGGACUCCACAGGAGCGCCUAUGGACGUGUAAAUAAAUGAGGUGGAGGAACCGUAAUUUAUUACAGGUCACCGACUUACAUCAAAUUUCCAACAUGUAAAUUACAGAAAUUACAAUUCUAUAGCUUUAAAGGGAAGUUAUUGUUUAUUUUUCUUCAAGUAUUGUAAAUUGUGUAUAUGUAUAUAGCUUAUAGAUUUUUUUUUUCUGCCAGAGAAUACUUUACGUUUAGGCUAUGAGAUGAUUUAUUCGCUGUAAAGCCUAUAUAAACAAGAAUUGUCUAAAUCCACUGUAUGAUUGCCUCAAUGCUACACUUUUACAGAAGGCAUAAAAGAGACUUGAAAUUACUUUGACACGACUGGAGUUGUUUAUUGAUCAUUCACUUACUCUGCCACUUUACUUGACUUUUUAAACUCAUUUCAUUUGGUUGGGCAAAUUGGGUUAUUUAUUGUUCUCACUCAUGAAUCCGACUUUCUGCUGGAGGAUAUUUAGCACCAAACGCAACAGAAGUCAGAGAGAUCAUUAAAAGGCGUGCAACGCUGUCAAUUGGACUCUUCCCUGCAGUAUGUUGGCUUACUGAUGCAAAUGAGUUGGAAAGGGGAUCAAAUGAAAAGUGAGAACCUCAAAUAGAAACCGACAAGUCCAUGUCCUCAGUGGACGAGUUAAAUGAGAGAAAAAAACAUCGACGCUAGUUUUGAUUAAAUGUUUGCUUUUCAAAAGUCUUAUAUUUCACAUAGUUGAGUUAUACAUAAUCAUCUGGUCUUUAGAUGAAGCUGAAACCAUGUGUUAUAUUAUAAGUUAAGCUCCUAGCUUCAUAGGCUUGGGGUAGCAGGCAUAAGUGUUUAAACCAGUAUCUUGUACUACUACUACCACAAACCUUGUACAAAAAUACCUAAAACAUAUUUCCUUUCCUUCUCUCUUGCCUUUUUAGGGGAGGGGGGAAUUUAUAUCAAUGAUUGCUUGCGAAAUGUUUUAUUGGAGAAGGGACAAGGGCCCUCCAGCUGAAUGGCUGGAGGAGAAGUCGAGUGGCAUCUUUGUCAUGUUAAUGUUAAGCACAUAAUAGUUGGGUCGCACAAUAGGGAGGCACUUCAUUCUUUCAGGCUGGUUUGACACCUCCGGAGA